GCGCACUCUGCGUCGUUAUUUUUCAAUUGGUCGAGGAAAACAUACAGUUCAUCAUGGAGUUCGUUGAUUCAGAGAAAAAAGAUACAAAUGAAAACCACUGCACGUCGUGCCCUGCGAUGACCCUCGACUCGGAGGAUCUCGAAACACCUCCAGCAAAAAUGGAAAAUAGUGGUACAACGAUAGAGACAACUCCAAAGGAUCCAGAGCCAGAUAAAGUCACAGAACCUCAAGAGGACACACGAGAGAAAAUAGACUUUAAAGUGAUUUUCAAUAAGAAAAAAAUCGACGUUAAUUUUCCACUGGAUGGAACGAUUGCAGAAUUGAAGGAGUACCUGCAGGAGGUUAUAUCAGUGCCAAAGGACAUGCAGAAGGUCAUGAUUAAAGGGCUGGCUAAAGACGAACAGACCUUGAGGGAUCUUGGGGUGACGAAUGGAGCAAAAUUGAUGAUUGUCGGAUCCAAGCUUGACGAUGUACUUCAGGUAGCUACUGUACCUUCGAAGCAGGAGAUUCAGGAUGAAGCAGCAGCUGCCAGUAGUAAAGAACCUCUGACGCAGCAGAAAAUACAUAAAAAAAUAUUGGACAAGGGGAUUCCAGAGGACGCCAUGCCUGGCAUUUUGGAUGCUAAGGAUCCUCUGCCGGACUUUCCACUGGCUGGAAUGCUGAAUAAGAUGGGGGGAAAGGUCAGGCUGACGUUCAAACUGGAGCAGGAUCAACUCUGGAUUGGAACUAAGGAGAGGACUGAUAAAAUUCCCAUGAAUUCGAUAAAGGGGAUUCAUAGCGAACCUAUUCCUGAGCAUCCUCAGUAUCACAUUAUGGCAAUACAAUUGGGCCCAACCGAGGCUUCAAGAUAUUGGAUAUAUUGGGUGCCAGCGCAGUACAUUGCUGCCAUCAAGGACGCGAUUCUCGGCAAAUGGUGCUACUUUUGAUCGAUUCCCCACAAACAGAAAAACAACAAAGUAUUUUCCGACAUAUUCGAACGAUUGAUGAAAAAGUGUGAUUAAGAUGUGAAUAUUCGUCACAAAAGGACUAUACUAGUCACGCCUUUUUUUACCAAGCCUGAUGACGCCAAAAUAAUUAGCGAAACGUCGCACUUAUGCUAAUUUGAUCAACAUUGUAAUUAUUUCUCCAGCACCCCUUGAACGUUAUUCAUAAUUAUUAACACCAUGGAGAAGAAAGGUUUCAUUGACUUAAUUAAACUUUACUUAAUGUAAGAAAUCGCUUUCUUGUCAUCAAGAAAUUAUUCUCGUCUUUGAAACAAGUACAAAAUUUCUUGUAACAAAUUUCUAAUAAGUAAUUCCUGUAAGCUCCCUCUAAGAAUUGGGAUUGUGAAAAUUUUCAGAAGUUCCGAAAAGUAAUACUAAUAAAGUGAAAAAGAUCAAGACUGACGAAAUUUUAAAAAAUCGUCAAAUCAUAAUGCUUGCACGAAUUUUUAUAAACAUACUGUAUACAGAAAUUAUAUCAAAUUAUAGGAUAUUCAAUAUAGAAUUACCCUAACAUGA